AUGUACGACCACCGCUCACAAGUGUGGGCAAGCCCAGGCUGCAGCUAUUCAGCUUUCGCAAAGCAAGGGGCCGUGUGCAAACCGAGGGGCGGGGCUCGCCGUCGGCAGGCAGCGCUGCGGGCUGUGCGCAACGGCCUCGCGCCAGCCGCCGCAGUGCGAGUGCAGCGGCGAGAGGCGGGUGUGACGGCGGGAUGGCGGCGGCUGAGGGUUGCUCAUGCGCAGUGCUUCCUGGUGGUCGUGGGCCGGGGUCUCGGGAUGAAGGCCCCUGGCAUGAGGACCCAAAGCAAGAACGUGACAAACCUGGUAGCACUGCUCACCAACAUCGAGCUCUGCAGCAUGAUCACGUUUCCCACUCUCAAGAAGCUUUCCACGAACGAUGUCGUGACUAUUUGGAAGAGUGUGUCUAACUAUAUUCGGAGACAGCUCCUGAAGGAAGAGCCUCAGGCUGUCAGCGUAACAGGACUGGGGACAUUUUAUAUCAAAAAAUGUCACUUCUUUGAAAAUGGCAAGAUGAUCACAUUUCAGAAACCUGUGUUUUCGCUGUCCAGGACUGUGGCACAGAUCAGUGAGCUGCAACAUGCUUCCAUACCUGUUCCCGGAGAGAUGAAAAAAGUGUCGGUGAGCUACAAGAAGACCCACUUGGAGGUGCCCUAUUCUGAGAAAGUCGCGCAGCACUGUGUGCAGGAGACCCUGGACUUUCUCUACUUCAUCCUAAAAAAGAAAGAAGAUAUGGACUUUGUUUUAAAGGAUGUUGGCACUCUUGCUAUCCGGGGAACAGAAGUGACAAUGACAUUUUGUGAAGACCUUUUACUAAGCCUCAACAACUCUAGAGACACAGUGGAGAAGUUGCUCACUAAGAAAUUGGUCAUAUCGGACAAAGAAGUCACUCUCUUUCCGAGCCGUUUUGGCCGCGUUCACCAGCUUCCACAGUUUGAGAUGAGAGUAGUGCCUCGAAGAGUUUCUCUCACAGAUGAGGAGACAUCUUCAGAUGUCAAGAAGGGUUUGAGCAGCAUGGGAAAAAGAGGCACUGAAGGAAGGCAGCACAAAGAAACUCCUUUCAAGAGCCCUGAGUUGCCAUUGCUUACUUCUGAAGAACACGGGCAGACAGGACAGCUGCCUCAGGAAGAAGAAGAUAGCUUCAGAUCCCCAGAGACCACCUCCAAUACACAAGAGGGUCAACAAGCAGCAGAGGCUUGGACUCAGCUCAGGAGACAUCUUCGAACUGACCUGGAAAGCCUGGGGGACAUGGAAAGGUGGCUGACUCAAAAACCUGCCCUCAGCCAACAAGAAAAAAAAUACCUGUACAGAAUAAAGGCACUCCGAGCAGCCAGGAGAGGUGCCGUCAAAUCAGCCGAGACCAACAGCCUGGACAACAAAGACAGCCCCAUAGAAUGCAAAGAAAAGUGCCCGAUGCCGAGAACUGGGGAUCGCCCCGUUGAUGAGCACUGCCUGCUCUCAACCAUGGAGGCUGACUUUGGAGAACUGGUUGACCGAUAUCGCAGCAAAACCGUGGCGGUCUAUAUGCAGAGCUCCAAGCAGUGCGAAGAGCGCGAUGUUUCCAUCACCAAGCCAACGCUGCAGAAAGGCCUGUUGCAUCCAGGAGACAAGAUCAUCAAGGAGGGAGGAGACAUAUGGAAGAUCAGGCAGCCUGGAGGAUACUACAGCACAGGACGUGCUGAUGCUCCAUCCCCUGAGAGCACCUCCAGAUCAGGAAGCCACGGCGUGGACACGGAAAAGAGGCAUCUUCAGAGGAAGACGAAGCAAGAGACAAGCAGCAAUAAAUUCUGGCCAGGUCACCUUCUGGACAAGCUAUACCUAUACUUUCCUGAAAAGCAACACAACAGGGCACAUCCCUUGUUCAGCUGUGUUCGUCCAACCAAGCCCGUCUACCACAGCAUCUAAAGCCCUGACUGCAGCUGGCUCCUCAGCGAGCCAGGACACUUGGCCUCCAGAGACACUGCCUUCAAGACCAGCUCCCCCUGAAGCUCUUCUACAAGCAGCAGGAGAUGUGUACGCAGCUUUGCGAUCCCUCAGUCAGCUCAGAGGAUCU